UUUAAAGUCUAAGCUGUCCUGGGACAGGAUCCUUUUCUGAACUCGGGGUGGAAUUGGAGUGAUGAGUCCUGCACCUCACAACCCAGCUGUCAUUAUGGGAUGCUUUUGGCACACUAGCCCAUACCCUCAUUUGAUGUGAGCAGCUGGACCACUCUGUUGCCCAUCAGAACAUGUUGUCAUGACUUGCAAGCGCCACGGAGAGGAAACACGGCAACGUGCUCUUCUCCAUCACCCUGUUCCUGUUUUGAUGCUGAUUCUGUGAUGGCCAUCUUCACCUUCUCUAAAGAACGAGCUCCCUUUCUCCAGGAGUAUUCCCUGCAGAGUGGCUCUGCUCCCUGCCAGGCAGAGCUGUCAGCCCCGCUGUCGAAAGCAGCCAGGUGAUAUUUAAAUUAUCUCCCCUCUUGCCAGGCUGGCGAGGAAGCCAGCGUUCCCCCUUUUGGCGAAAUGAAGGCUGUGUGCGUGGGUGCUGCAGUAGCUCUCAAUCGCCCUGGCAGAGCGAGGGAUCAAAUCAAGUCACAUUCCAGGGCAUUAGACAGACGGUGGGAAUUAAAAGCUUUACCUGGAAACUGGCUUUGUAUCUCCAAGCCCUGCUUUUGUCUCCCAGCCCAACUCUCUAUUUUUGUCCCUUUUACCUUCUGUGUUGUCGUGUGUCGUGUAUGCCAGUGCUUGGUGCCUGAUUGUGGCCCCAGCCACUUUCGGGGAGCUCCUGGUAAAUUUGGGGCUGUGCAGUCUGGGAGGAAACAUUCAGGCAGUGUGAGACAGUAGGAAAGUGUGGUUUAUCAAAAACAAGCUGCUUUGGGACUCAUUAAAAGCUAAGGCAAGGCUCCAGCUGCUUUCAGUAGGCUUGGGAUCAGUCAGAGACUAGAAAGUCCCAUCUGGGCUAUUAGCAGUAAGUCUUGUUUUUGUUUCUUUCAGUCUAUAAGGUCUGGGGACAAGGUCUCCCUUGGGGGCGAGUCAUGCUCUGGCAGCAGGGUGGUUUGCCUGCUUCAGCUCUGGUUUUGCUUUUCCCUCUGGUCUGCGUGUGCACCCUGCCCCUUGCAUCGUUCGUUGCUCUCUGCUUCCUUGGGUGAGCUGAGCAUCUCCCAUCCGUGCCACUGGGCCCUGAUCCUGGCUGUGGGCUGGCAGGGGUCAGGUAGCUUUCAGGUUACUGCACAACGUGGGAGGAGGCAAAGCUCAAAGCUUCAACUUAAUUUCCUGACCUAUAAAACAAUCCUGUUCUAUUAGGAUUUUGCGCUCUUUGAGGAAACAUAUGCAAUAACAAUGCUUCUGUAAUAGCAAUAAUGACUUUAGGAUCUGAAACGUAACAUAAUUUAAUUUAUUUAUUUAUUUGCCCUUUCUUAGAGGGAAUUGCUGCUAUUUUCUGGGCAUCAGGCCCAAUUUUUGCUUCAUUCUAUCUGAGUCCACACUGCAUCCCACCAAAGAUGAAGUCUGUGUGGAUGAGCACAUCCACACAGCUCCAGACCUGGAGGCAGCUCUUUGUGCCUUGCCUGACGAUCCCAACCAUCAUCUUGCCACCCACAAGGUUUUCAGCUUCGACCACACGAAUGCAAAGCAAGUGGCAUUUCAUUCCAUCUGAUUUAAUGUACUAGGAGCCCUUGGAUGUGGGAAGGGGGUUAAACUGCCUCAGGCUGGAUCUGCUCUUGGACCUUCCUGCAAGAGAGCAGUUUCUCUUUCCUGGCAGAGCAGUGCAGGUCACCUCUGCGCGAUAAGUGGGAGCUGCCUCGAAGCAAAAAUAUGGCAGAAGGGGGAAGGAGCAGCUGUACGGUCUUGUGUUCUCCCAGGUCAUUAGAGCAUCGGUGUGCAUCGUGUCAAGGUACAGAGCAAUGACAAGUUUGGAUGCUUCGGGAGAGAAAUAUUUUCUCCCUGGCGAGAAGUAAAUGAGGCAGCGCUGGCAGGAUCAGGGACUGUGCGAGAGCCAGAGCUGGCGGCAGCAGCAUGCGUGCGGCAUCUGAGGCUCAGGGCACGAGAACCACGUAAGGUGCCUGCUGGAGCCCCCCCCUCGCCUGCCUCCGCUUCCCCCGGCAGAAACUUCACGGCUCCCUCGCACGUGGUCCGGGCUUCUCUGGGGGAACUUGGCACCGACAGCCGCAUGCAUGACACUCCGAAAAGGAGAGAAAAUGACCAUAAGUAUCCAGGAGCACAUGGCUAUUGAUGUCUGCCCCGGCCCCAUCAAACCCAUCAAGCAGAUCUCGGACUACUUCCCCCGCUUCCCCCGUGGUCUCCCAGCCACCGUCGGCCGCAGCAGCACCCUGCGCUCCGCUGUCAGCCAGCCCUCCGUCAGCCCCACGAAGGCCCCACGCGAGGACGACGAGGACGUGGACCAGCUUUUCGGGGCGUAUGGCACGACACCCACCGAACAGCCAGCCAAGAGCCAAGCACCUGAGGAGGUGGUGGACCCUGAGGGCUACGAGUCCGACGACUGCACCACGCUGGGGACACUAGAUUUCAGCUUGCUGUAUGAUCAAGAAAACAACGCUCUCCACUGCACGAUCAAUAAAGCCAAGCUGCCAAAACUUGACUACAAAAAGGGCCUGAAGCCGAUGGACCAUAAUGGUUUAGCCGAUCCAUACGUCAAAUUGCACUUGCUUCCUGGAGCCAGUAAGGCGAAUAAGCUAAGAACCAAAACGCUGCGCAACACGCUGAACCCCACCUGGAAUGAGACGCUCACCUACUACGGAAUCACCGAUGAGGACAUGAUCCGCAAGACCCUGCGGAUCUCGGUCUGUGACGAGGACAAGUUCCGCCACAAUGAAUUCAUUGGGGAGACGCGGAUCCCGCUGAAGAAACUGAAACCCAACCAGACCAAAAACUUCAACAUCUGCCUGGAGAAGCAGCUGCCGAUAGAUAAAACAGAGGACAAGUCGCUGGAGGAGCGUGGCCGGAUCCUCAUCUCCCUCAAGUACAGCUCACAGAAGCAGGGGCUGCUGGUGGGCAUUAUCCGCUGCGCCCACCUGGCUGCCAUGGAUGCCAACGGCUACUCCGACCCCUACGUCAAAACUUACUUGAAACCAGAUGAGGACAAGAAAUCAAAGCACAAGACAGCAGUGAAGAAGAAGACACUGAACCCCGAGUUCAACGAGGAAUUUUGCUAUGAGAUAAAGCAUAGCGACCUGGCGAAAAAGACCUUGGAAGUCACAGUGUGGGACUACGAUAUUGGGAAAUCGAACGAUUUCAUAGGUGGAGUUGUGUUAGGAAUUAAUGCCAAAGGCGAGCGGCUGAAGCACUGGUUCGACUGCCUGAAAAACAAGGACAAGAAAAUCGAGCGCUGGCACACGCUAACGAACGAGCUGCCGGGGGCCGUCCUCAGCGACUGAGGGUGAGCACAGCUCUGCCAGCCACAGCCUUUGGACUUCUCUCGUUUACGGCUUUGGGUACAGGGGAUCGUGGUCCCAGGGCAGCCGGGAGAGUGGGACACCCCACGCUACAGCCCAGCUGCAGGGAAACCCUUCCCAGGGACCAAGGCAGUGGCGGUUCGCUCUGCUCGGCAGGUCCCGUCCCCUAAGGCUUUUCCACAAUGCCUCUUUGCACCCUGACACACUCACACACACACACUGGCAAGCAUGCGCGUGCAUGCACACAGCCAACACGCGUGUGCCCACGCGCACGGACACCACACGCCUGCAUGCACUGCAGCUCCGACUCCUCUCCUAACUCUUUGCUCUACUGAAUUACCUUCUCGCUGCCUUGCAAUUCAGUGGCAAAAAUGAAUGCGUCACUCUCUGUUCGUGUAUCCAAUAUGAGCAAAAGGCGUCACUACAACAUGGAACUGUUUUCUCAAGGCAAUUGUGCCAUAUUCCUGGUGGUUUGUCGGUCUCUGUGGUUUGGGCCUCAACAGUCUUUUAUGCAUUUAAAUCUCCUCCGUCGGAAUGAUUGUGUCCCCCGAUAACCUAGGAAGACUGCUUUUCUUCCCGAAAUGUUGUGCUCGUCCUCUCCGCUACUCCCUGUGAUGUCAGCCAGAAAGCUGAAAGGGCUGUGCAGACCAGAGCUCGCCUCUCGCGGGCCCCGGGCUGGAGCGGCUUCACCUUUGCAGAACUUGGGGGGGCAAAAGAAAAAGCUUAGCAAAGCCGCUGUGCCCCUUCCUGCAUCCCAGGACCAGCAGCGGAGCCUCGCGCUUCCCUUACAGCAGCCACUCUCCUAAUGAAACCAUGCCUUUCUGCCUGGAGCCACGCAGCCAGGCUUCAGCACAGCUAUUUUUUCCCAGCAAAGCUUUCAGGCUAUAAUUUUCUAUCGCUUUUCCCUUAAUCAUCUUUUUCCAAUUCAUGCCAUUACCUAAAACCCAACCAAGGCGAUUUACGCAGCGAGCCCAAGCUGGCGUCACGUUUGCGGCUGCUCAGCUCCAGCACAGUCAUCGUGUUGGUCCAUUUUCUGCCUCAAACAGCAUCCAAACCAAAAUUUCUGUGUAAUAAUGUAGUAAUGACCCCAGCUCUUGUCCUCUGUGACCCCCCCUGCUCAGCCUCUGCAUCCUCAUCCCAGCGGACGCCGGCUCUUGUGCAAACAGAUGGUCGCUGGUGUCCGCUGGGAUGAGCCAUCGGGUGGAAAGAGCUAAAACUUUCUGCAAAAUGCUGCACCUUACCAGAAGUUUUUGAAGCCUUUAAACCAUGAUUUCUUAGGAAGAGCGAGCUGCUAUUCCCCAUUGGUCUCAAUUACCUACAGCUUCUGAGCCCUGGAGCUGUGUGUGCGCGUGCGCACGUGCAUUACUGACUUAUUUUUUUUGGAAAACAAUCAAAUCGCUGGAAAACUCUGUUUACUUUUCAAAGUGACGAUCGUGUUACACCUUGUUUGAUAUGGGGGGAAGAUAAAAAACACAACAUUCAUAGGGUCUUUUUUAAUAACUUAAUAUUUGUAAUGCAUUCUACAGAUAUGCAUGGAUUUUAUUUGAGUACUGGCAGCGAGUCAAGUAGGAUGUUCCCGAUAAUCCUCUCUGUCACUGGGCCAGCACCUUAAAACCUGGUUUGGGUUUGAGCUUCCAGGAGAGCUACAGGAGUGCCAGGUUGGCUGUGCCUCCCUUUUCUUGCAAAGUUAACUUUCAAUCCAUCAUUUGUUUCAGCACAUAUUGCCAGAAAACUGGCUUAUGCCUGAGGUGGAGUAGGACACGAUGUGUGCGUGUGUGUGGGUUCCUUCACUUUGUAUCCCGGUCUUUUCUAAGCGGAUGGUCCGUUUGUCCGUCCCAGCUGCAUGCAGAGUGGUGGUUGUCAUGCCAGGCCUCGUGAAAUGUUUGAUACCGAUGUUUUGCUACCACGUGAAGGCUGCAGAAACUGUCCUUACCUGCAUCCUAACAGACUUUUGUAUUUCAGUAUUAUCUAUCUGUGUACUUUUUGUCAGAUUUGUUAAUAUUUAUAACGAGAACCCAAAAUAAAAAGGGAAAUAAAAAAAAAAAAAAGG